UCCACAUCUUGUAUUCAGAAUGGGAUUGUUCCCACAACCCCAGGGAUGCCGAUUGAGGGGUGGAGUGUCAUGUAGGAAUUCUCGUGGACAUUGUUGUGGGUGGAGGACAAUAAUAAAUCUCAGGGAGUUGGCUGCCUGGACAAGGGCAAGGGGUGGGAACAGCCCUGCCCCAGGAGUCAACACAAGUAUAAAAGAGUUCCCAGCCAACCCAUGCUUGCACGGGAGCAUUGAAGAGAGCGCUGAGGUUCAACCGCGUCUGCUGCUGAGGCGCCCCAUGUGUUCUGAGGAAGGAAGGAAGCAGGAGAGCCAGAGCAGCGACAGCAUGACUGAGUUGCAACAGCUGAUACAGAAUGCCAUCCCUUGCGCAAGAGAGGUCCUGCGGGACAACUACAGCAACUUGCUCAAAGUGGCUGAUUACUGUGAGAGCAACUAUCUGCAGGUAGAAGACAAGCGGAAAGCCCUGGAGGCAACUAUGGCUUUCACUGCUCAGUCAUUAGCCAGCGUGGCCUAUCAGAUCAGAAACCUGGCUGGCGACAUCCUCAAAACACUGGACCUCCAGGCCUCUGAAAUCCGAAAGGUGGAAGCCAGCGUCUGCUCCAUUGCACAGAUUGUGGAGAUGCAUAAGGAGAAAGUAUCCCGCCAAGAGAUAGGGUCUCUUACUAUUUGCAAGAUGCUCCCAUGCUACCAGAAAAUCAUCUACCCGAAAGACCCUGAGCCCUUGGAGCCAUAUUACAAGAAGCCACUGAACUUCAGCAGUUUGGAUGAAAUUGGCCAUGGAAUAAAGGAUCAAAGCACACAGCUGGCCAGAACAGGGACCCUUUCCCGGCGUAGCACCAAGAUUUCAACUGGGCAGUCUUCAGGGAGCCUUGGGAGAAGUCAGCCAGUACAGCCACCAUUCAUCCCAGAUGGUAAACUCUUCCCAGCAUCAUCUUUAUCAUCCCUGAGCAGUGCCACAGAAGAAAUGGAAAAUACCAGUAAGAGUGUACCUCAUGAGCCACCCCCACCCCCACCCUUGGUGCUGUCACUUCUCCCUCUGCCACCAGAAACAGACGAUUUCCUUCCUUCCCCUCAAUCUGAUACACUGCCACCUCCACCUGUGGGCCUGGAUGAUAUACUUGCUUUCUCUGAACCAGAUCUUGAUUUUCCAGCAUCGCCGCCGCCGCCGCCACCACCACUGGACAUCACUCAUUGCGAGCCAUUUGGGCCUCCGCUCUUGCCUCCUCCGCCACCUCCAGAGAAACUACCCUGGCCCCCAGAAACCUACUUGGAAAAAGUCGUGACCCUCUAUCCUUACACUCAACAGAAGGAGAAUGAACUCUCAUUUGAAGAGGGGGCUGUUAUUUACGUGACACGGAAAUAUUCUGACGGCUGGUGUGAGGGGGUGACGAGCGAUGCAGCAGGAUUGUUCCCGGCGAACUACGUGGAGCCUUUGCACUGAAGGAGGCAGCAGAAUACAGAAGCAGCAGAUUAAAAUGACAGAUUGUUUAAA